CCUUUUUUGUGUUUCUGUCUCUCCUUUGUUUCAACGGGCGAGGAUAUUUCGAAACAAAGGAAGAAACGUUGGAGUUCCUUUUAACAAAGAAACGUUUUAGUUCUUUUUUUCUUUUUUUUUUGGUUCUUUCUUGUUUGGCUCGAAAAGGAUUUUUCUUGAAGGAGCUGAGAUUGUUUCCCGCCACUCAGAAAGAGAUGACUGAGUUAAAGAUAGAGGAACGCUGUCUUGAGAAUAAACAAUUAACCACCGCAUCAAGUUCUUCUGUAUCAGAAGGCGGUGGCAGUGCAAUUGUAAAGUCCCCAGCUACAUCCAGUCCAGCGCCAACAUCACCAAAUCAUAGGAGGACCACUGGCCCUAUUAGGCGAGCAAAAGGUGGCUGGACACCGGAGGAGGAUGAGACAUUAAGAAAUGCUGUUGCAACUUUUAAAGGGAAGAGUUGGAAAAAAAUAGCGGAAUUUUUUCCUGAUAGAUCAGAAGUUCAAUGUCUACAUAGAUGGCAAAAGGUCCUGAAUCCAGAUCUUGUUAAAGGACCUUGGACUCAAGAGGAGGAUGAUAAAAUUGUUGAGCUUGUAUCAAAAUAUGGGCCUACAAAAUGGUCUGUCAUUGCUAAAUCUUUGCCUGGACGAAUAGGGAAACAAUGCCGUGAGAGAUGGCACAAUCAUUUGAAUCCUGAUAUAAAGAAGGAUGCUUGGACGUUAGAGGAGGAAUUGGCCCUUAUGAAUGCGCAUCGGAUAUAUGGGAACAAGUGGGCUGAAAUAGCUAAAGUUUUACCUGGAAGAACUGAUAAUGCAAUAAAGAAUCACUGGAAUAGUUCCAUGAAGAAGAAGUUAGAUUUCUAUUUGGCUACAGGGAAGCUUCCUCCAGUUGUGAAAAUUGUUCUUAAAAAUGAGAUUAAGGAUAUAGAAACACCUGCUGCAACAGAAAACCUGCUUGUUUGUUCAAAAAAAGAAUCAGAUUCCACUGCUCAAACAUCAUCCGGAACUUUUGAUAUAUGUAAGCCAGAGGAAGAUGGAAAAGAUCAGUUGGAAUCCUCUACUCCAGUUCAAGAUAUGGCAGCUACGUCAAGUAUUAUUCCAAGUGAGUCUGUUGAGACUGAAAGUGCAGAAUUUAAGCCCCAAUCAUUUGAUGCUAAUCCUUGCAGCUGUAACUCAGUGUCAAUGGUGAAGUUCGAGAGUCGAAGAACCAGCUCUGCUAUUGUCGAAGACAAAGUUGUUGAGACACAACUAAGGUCUGAUACUCCAACAUAUGGUCCUUUAUGUUAUGAGCCACCUAGGUUACAAGGGGGUACUUCAUUAGAUUCGGAUAACUUAAACAAGAAAGGCAUGCAGCAUGAGUGGACCAUUACUCCUAUCACGUCUCCCCUAAGUUUCUUCACUCCGCCUUGUGUGAAGGGCAGUGGUUUUGGUACUCAAAGUCCUGAGUCUAUUCUUAGAAUUGCUGCUAAGACCUUCCCGAGUACACCUUCUAUAUUUCGGAAGAGAAAAACCAGUCCUAAUAAAAUAGGAAAACUGAACGAGGAAACAACCAAGAAUAGGGUUCAAUUAUCUGGUGAACAGGAAAGAACCGAAAAUAGUCGGGAACAGGCUCAAUUUCGUGAUGGGAGUGCAUGCGAGAGUCCGGCUUUUCAAGGCAAUAGCAGCAUUGGCCCUAAUUGUACAGCAUUUAAUGCGUCUCCUCCAUACCGGUUAAGAUCUAAAAGAACUGCUGUUUUUAAGUCUGUGGAGAGACAACUUGAAUUUGCAUUUGAUAAGGAGAGGCAUGAAGAUAGUAUGAAAUCUUCGAAUCUAUUAGUGAAUGGUAGCUCUUCGAUUGAAGAUUGCUUGCAUGCAACAAAGAUGGAGGUCACAUAGGGCUUAAAGUGUAAGUUAUGAUGUUCCAGUUCCCACUUGAAAAGUAGGUUCAAUCUUUUGCUCAAAACAUACACACAAAAAAGAGAAAUUCUGCUAAUUUUUUUUUCCCGAGGUUUUCCACAUUGAUUAUAGGUAAGUUGUGUUUAUGCUGAUUAGAUGAAACAUCAAGGAAUUCACUCCCAGACUUUUCUAUACAAAUAGAUUAAACCAGGAAUCAUGUUUCUCUAUCUAAUAAGUUUUUGCUUUGCUCUCUCA